GGCAUUUGGGGAACUUUGUGCUGAGAAGGAACCGGGUAAGCGGGGUUGAGCCAUUCGCAAGCUUAGAAUGAAGUUUCUUCUGUUGGUGUUGACCGUGCUGGUCACUGCUUCGGGGACGGUUCCUUUGACCAAGUCUGCAGGCUCUAAAGAAGAUGGUGGGCUGUUGGCUCAAGUCUCUGCUUCCGGAACAGCUCCAUCGGCUAACGCUUCCAGCUCUGAAAAAAACGUGACAUAUGCUCAGCGGUACCUGGAAAACUUUUAUGGCCUCGUGAUGGACGCACUUCCAACGACAAAAAUGAAAGUCAGCAGGGACUUCAUGGAGGAUAAAAUUCAGGAAAUGCAACAGUUCUUGGGACUGAAAGUGACCGGGAAACUGGACCCAUCUACCCUGGACAUGAUGCACAUGCCCCGAUGCGGGGUGCCCGACGUCCAUCAUUUCAGGACGAUGCCGGGGAGACCAGUGUGGAGGAAACGUUUAAUUACCUACAGAAUCAAUAAUUACACUCCUGACAUGCGGCCUGCAGAGGUCGACUUUGCCAUCCAGAAGGCUUUUCAAGUGUGGAGUGACGUGACCCCCCUGAAAUUCAGAAAGAUUAAUUCAGGAGAGGCAGACAUUAUGAUACUUUUUGCAUCUGGAGCUCAUGGAGACUACAGCCCUUUUGAUGGCAGAGGUGGGGUCAUAGCCCAUGCUUUCGGACCUGCACUGGGGAUUGGGGGAGACGCACAUUUCGAUGAGGCUGAAAUCUGGACUAAAAGCUACAGAGGCACAAACUUGUUCCUCGUUGCUGUUCAUGAGCUCGGCCAUUCCUUGGGUCUUAGCCAUUCCAAUGAUCGAAACGCCAUCAUGUUCCCGACUUACAGUUACGUUGACCCCAACACCUUUCGCCUCGCUGCUGACGACAUACGUGGUAUUCAGUCUCUCUAUGGACGUCCAGAAAGGCGCCAACCCUCAUCAGAUCCUGACGGUAGACGAACAUCCACCUGCAACCCCAGCUUGAGUUUUGAUGCUGUCACUACAAUGGGAAAUAAAAUCUUUUUCUUUAAAGACAGAUUCUUCUGGUGGAGGUACCCUGAGAGUCCAAUGAGCAACGUUAGUUUCAUUUCUUCUCUGUGGCCGACCUUACCAUCUGACAUUCAAGCUGCUUAUGAAGUUGGACCCAGAAAUCAAGUUUUUCUCUUUAAAGAUGAUAAGUACUGGUUAAUUAACAAUUUGAGAGCACAGCCGUACUAUCCCAGGAGCAUACAUUCUUUGGGCUUUCCUGACUUUGUGAAAAAAAUUGAUGCAGCUGUUUUUAACCCACUUCUCUAUAAGACCUACUUCUUUGUAGGUAACCAGUACUGGAGGUACAAUGAGAGGAGACGACUCAUGGACCCUGGUUAUCCCAAACUGAUAAACGACUACUUUCCGGGACUUGGACCCACAAUCGAUGCCGUCUACUAUUACAACAGACACUACUAUUUCUUCCAAGGAUCAAACAUAUUUGAAUAUGAUGUCGUAUCCCAACGUGUCACCAAAGUGCUGAAACAAAAUAUCAAGUCAGGUUGUUAGGAAUGGUGUAGUUGGUGGUGGUCAGUUCCCUUCAGUCAAAUAAGUAUUUAUUGCAUCCUUGCUACGUGGCUAGUGUGUGUAAUACCACAGGGACAUGUGUCUUAAGGUAAACCCUAUAGGCUAUAGAAAAACUAUCAUAUAGACAGUGACUAUACAAACUACAUAAGAUUUUUUUAUUUUGAAAACCGUCAUUGUGGGGUGCUUGGGUGGUUCAGUGAGUUAAGCCUCUAGCUUUUGCUCAGGUCAUGAUCCCAGGAUCCUGGGAUGGAGCCCCACAUCGGGCUCUCUGUUCGGCGGGGAGCCUGCUUCCCCUUCUCUCUUUGCCUGUCUCUCUGUCUACUUGUGAUCUCUGUCUGUCAAAUAAAUAAAUAAAUAAUCAUUUAAAAAAAGAAAAAGAAAAGAAAACCCUCAUUGUCAACUUUUACUUGAUUCAACUAUUAAGCUUGGAAACAGGCACUUUAUUGAGGAGCAACAGAAUAUCUUGGUCCUAGAACAACCAAGAACUGAGAAAUGAUCAUUAUUUCUUUGCCUUAACUAACAUUAAGCAAUGACUAGUUUCUGUGGCCAUUAAGUGCUUCAGCAAGUGUAUCAUUUCAAUUGUUUCAGAGUAGAAACAGAAUAUACCAGAAAAUGACAUUUACUGUAAGUAACAUAGAUGUGGAUUAUAUAAUCAUGGUGACAAUGUUAUUUAUUUUGUCAUCAGUGUUGAUUUUUCUAAAUCUUAAAUGAAGUAUAUAUGUAUAUUUUUUUCUUUUGCUCCAAUAAAAACUUUGAAAGAAA